GGGCCUGGCGGGGCGGGGGCAGGGGCUCGUCCGCGCGCGCCCGUCGCCUUGACGACCACGACGCGAUGACGACGCUGGAGGACGGGCAGCUGGGGCCUGACCCCGGGGCGCUGAGCUCCGAGCAGCUGGAGAAGCUGCGCGAGUACAAGAUCCAGACGCGGAUUGCUAAUGAGAAGUACCUGAGAUCCCACAAAGAGGUGGAGCUGCUGCUCAGUGGUUUCUUCAGAGAAAUGUUCCUGCAAAGGCCAGAGAACAUCCGGGAAUUCGCCGCAGACUAUUUCACGGACCCAACACUCCCCGACAAGAUUCACACACAGCUAAUUAAGGAGAAGAAAGGGGCUUAAUGAGCAGAAUCGCGAUGCUCAGCUGCUGAGAGCGACCGGGAGGGAUCCAGCCCCGGAGGUGGGUGGCAUCUGGAAGGGAGAGUCUGUUGUCAUCGGUGUGGGUUUCCAAGCUGCCGUGGGCUCUGUGUGCUUUGCCAAGGCUUUUAAAGACGCUCAUUAAAAACAGGCCUUCCCGCUGUC